CCUUGCGACUGAGACAUCAAGCUGAUUAGGGUUCGCUUGUUGGCAAAUCGCCGAACUUAUUUUCCCACAACGCGAAUUUUCAACUUGAAGGUCUACCGCCUCAAAAUUCGACAACCAUACAACCACCAUCUCACAGAUUUGACCCUCUUCACAGUCAAAUCGCAAAGAUGGCUCCUUCCAACCUUCCCGCUAUUUUCAAUGCUACAUCUCAAGAUAUCGAGAUGCUCCUGUCCGCGGGCGCUCACCUCGGGUCCAAGAACUUGCAAGUUCACAUGGAACCCUACCUCUGGAAGACUCGCCCUGACGGAAUCAAUGUCAUCAACAUUGGCAAGACCUGGGAGAAGAUCGUCCUCGCUGCCCGCAUCAUCGCAGCUGUCGACAACCCAGCCGACAUCUGUGUCAUCUCUGCUCGUCCCUAUGGCCAGCGCGCUGUCUUAAAGUUCGCCGCACACACCGGUGCCGUCGCCAUCGCUGGUCGUUUCACCCCCGGUAACUUCACCAACUACAUCACUCGAUCCUUCAAGGAACCCCGCCUCAUCAUCGUCACUGAUCCCCGCACCGACGCUCAAGCUAUCAAGGAGGCUUCCUACGUCAACAUUCCGGUCAUUGCUCUCUGCGAUACCGACUCCCCAACGGAGUUCGUCGAUGUUGCUAUCCCAACAAACAACAAGGGUCGCCAUGCUAUUGGUCUGAUCUGGUGGAUGUUGGCUCGUGAGGUCCUCCGUCUCCGUGGCUCCAUUGCUACCCGGGAAACUGAGUGGGAUGUCAUGGUCGAUCUGUACUUCUACCGUGAUCCUGAGGCUGAGGAGAACAAGGAGGCUCUUGAGGAGGCCAAGGGUGUUGAUGAGCUCGGUGCUACCGCUGUUGAGACUGGCUUCGUCCAAAGCUCCGACUGGGAAGUUUCGGGAACUGCUGCUACUGCCUUUGCUGGUGCAACCGCAGCUCCUACUACCGGUGCUGGAUGGGAGCCUUCCACGGAGGGAGGUGAAUGGGGUGGAGCCCCUUCUGGAGAGUGGGGUGCAGCAACUGAUGCCGCAAAGCCUACUGAGCAAUGGUAAAUCCGUCACCAUGGGGAGAAAGAAAUGGACUAUUUGCAUCUGGCUGUUUUGCUCGAGGGUCACAUUGACGGUACUGAUGAAGGAAAGAUACCCUACAGCUGUUUUCACAGUUGUAGGGGGAAAGCCUUGUGCCGUCAACUGGAGUUUUCUUAAUCGU